CGGCAGGUGGAGGUGCAUGCUCGCGACGCGCGCUCCAGUCGACUCCGUCAGUCAAGUGCGCGAGGCUGUGAUGCGUUCAGGCUCCUGCGGCGCAUCCGACAAAUGACAACGCUCCUGUGCCUCCUGAUCGGGACUUGAACAUCGAGGAGAACAGCAUCGCAUCGCCGUCAUCGGCAGCCGGUUCCUUGCGAAAGAAGCAUUGCGCACCUCCCUGCCGCCACCACCUCCUCACUCACCCCUCCUCCUCCUCCUCCUCCUCCACCUCCUCCUCCACCUUCUCCUCAGCCUCGCCGCCACCGGAGGGGAGUUUUUCCUGUGUACUUUGCAGGGAGAAGAACAACACGAUAGCAGUGCUACAAGAUUUUCGUAUCUAUGCAGCAGCAGCAGCCAUGGGAAAGCAGAACAGCAAGCUGACACCCGAGGUGAUGGAGGACCUGGUGAAGAACACGGAGUUCAACGAGCACGAGCUGAAGCAGUGGUACAAGGGCUUCCUCAAAGACUGCCCCACAGGAAGACUCAACCUGGAGGAGUUCCAGCAGCUCUACGUCAAGUUCUUCCCGUACGGCGAUGCCUCCAAGUUCGCGCAGCACGCCUUCCGCACCUUUGACAAGAAUGGCGACGGCACCAUCGACUUCCGAGAGUUCAUUUGCGCGCUGUCCAUCACGUCGCGCGGCAGCUUCGAGCAGAAGCUCAACUGGGCCUUCAACAUGUACGACCUGGACGGAGACGGCAAGAUCACCAGGGUGGAGAUGUUGGAGAUCAUCGAGGCCAUCUACAAAAUGGUGGGCACGGUGAUCAUGAUGAAGAUGAACGAGGACGGCCUGACACCGGCGCAGCGGGUGGACAAAAUCUUCAGCAAAAUGGAUAAGAACAACGACGACCAGAUCUCGCUGGAAGAGUUCAAGGAGGCGGCCAAGAGCGACCCGUCCAUCGUGCUGCUGUUGCAGUGUGACAUGCAGAAGUGAAGCCCCCUCGCCCACGUGCCCCCUUCCUCCAAACGCCGCCUCUGCUCGCACCCCAAGCCCCCCAUCGUCCCUGCCACCCUGCCUGCAUCCGCACACACACACUGGACUGCUGUUUAAAUGUCUCAUUCCACAGGGGUAAAAAAAAAAAGCUUGGACUCUUUUUCAAUGGACUCGCUUCUUGUGGUCGUAUGCAUGAGAAAUAUGUCAAAUAUGCGGAAUCAUUUUGAAUAUAGCGAUAAGAUAAUGCUACAUUUCUAUUUCAGAACAUGUUGUUGUGCACCGUAAACCCUCCGCACACAAACACACGUGUGUGCGUUCAUCCAGCUUGUAAAUGGAUGAAGUCAAACAGCCGGGUACUUUGUGACACGUCCCACGAGUAGCCGCCAUAUUCUUAUUUGGGGAACGCAUUCACGGCGCGGAGCCAGUUACAGUAUUUGACUCGGGUGUUUGAGUUUGGUGUUUUAGGACAACUCAUUCGACUUUGCAGCGAUGCUCCACCCACAUGCAAUACAUUUUCUUUUCUUUUUUUCUCGCAAUUUAGCACCCAUUCAUCGGGUAUAGAUUGUUCUAAUUUGGUAGCAAUUGAACAAAAUCUCGGGGAGGAAUUUGUUUUUCAAGCCCCUACUGCAAUAGCAAGUCCAUCUUUGAAGGCCAAAUUGAUGCUAAAAUAUCCGUUUCAAAUCAAAAACGGCAGACUUACUUUCUCCAUGGCUUCUUAUGACUUUUUUUUGUGGGCCAACCAAAGUUCUUGUUACUCUUCCAAACUGGGUUAAUGCGCCGAAUUUUCAAAACGUUUAUAUCAUGUAAUUUCAACAUCAUGCUUCGCUAACACGUUAUGACGUAAACUCUAAAUUCUCACAACUUAAUAUCGGGCAUCUGUCUGGUAUAUGCGUGUUAAAUUUGGUAGCAAUAGCACCAAAUCUCGUGGAGAAGAACAUUUUUCCAGGACCCCCAGAAAUGGGCAAAUUGACCAAACAGAAAUGCAGGACUUCCUGUUUCUUUCCUGGCUUUGCUUCUUGACACUUUUUUUUGUGUGUGUGGAUUUACUUAUGAUAGACAGGUCGGCUACUUUUAAUAUAUUAAAUGUUGCUAAGUGAAGCUGAUUUCGGGGGCUGAAUUUUCAAGACAUUCUGUCAAGCGUUUUUAUGGCGAACCAUCCCACUUUUUCCAACCUGCUUCACCCACACACAAGGAGGAAAACAAAAAAUAGUUGAUCCAUCAGCCUCGUGUACGUGGUUCUAAUUUGGUAUCAAUGAGACCAAAUCUCUAGACGUUUGUCUUUGAAGGGCCCCUGGGAAAAGGCCAAAAUGAGCUUAAAAUAGUGGCUUGGAACCAAAAUGGCAGACAUCCCGUGUCUUUUUGGGGAUGGGUUUUUGGAGAAUUUUUUAUUUUUUUUGUGGGUCGACUCAUGACGGACACACCAACAGAAUUUCACGUUGCUAAGUGAAACUUGUAUUUCGGGGGCUGAGUUUACAACAAAAUUCCACGGAGUGCUCCCCAGCCCAUUUAGUCCCCCCCCCCCCCCCACAUACCAAUAUGGCGGCUCACACGUGACGUCACGCCGACUUCUUCCAUGAGUGGAGCACUGCCUUUUGGAGACGUGUUCCCACCAGGCAGCCUUGCCGCGCAAGUUGUUCACCGCUGCAACUACUGUACUGCUUCCAGUAAUCGUAAAGAAAACAAUAACUUGAUGAUAAUAAUUGUAAUGAUACUGUAAGUGUCUCUGCCAGCCAGGCUUUUCGAGCUCGGGGAUGGUAGAGAGAUGUUCGCUCACGACAGAAAAAGUAUUGCAUGCAUAUAUUACGUGUCAGAAAAAAAUAAUAAUCUAUUACCUUUUUAUUUAUUUAAUUUUUUUGCAUCUUAAGUGGUUAUAAAAGAGGAAACCCUCUUGGGCAUCAUUUGGUAUUGUUGCAUGGGAUGUACAGUGUCAGCUCACCUGGGAGCAUGCUUCCCUCCACAUUGAUUCAUGCGCUCAUAUUUCUGUUGGAUAAUUUUUUUUUUUCAUUGAUUUAAUAUUUGACUGCUACGAAGGAGCAUUAGGGCCACACUUGAGAAAAAAAUAAAUAUCCUACAAGCACGAAGUCAUAUAUAUUUUUUAAUUUUACCAGAGUAAAGCUGUAUUUCUCAGACCAAGUCUUAAUAGUCUGUCUUUUUCUCAGAAAAAAAAUACAACUUUAUUCUGGAAAAAUUAUUAUCUUUAUUUUUGUCUGAAAACAUGAUGCUUUUUCUUGAAUAAAAUUUGACUAUAUUCAUCGGCCUAAGACUUUAACCUUUGAAAAUAUGAGUAUUUUCUUAAAUAAAAUUUUUAUUUAUUUUCAUAAAUCUACAACAGUUUUCCUGAUAAAGUACAGCUUUUUUCUCUUGAAAUAAAUAGUGCUUCUCCUAGAAAAAAAAAUGUUUCUUUGAUUUUUUCCCCUUCUUUUUUUCUUGAAAAAGAUAACUCUUCUUGAAAACAUACGACUUUACUCUAAUAAAUUUACUUUUUUUCUCUCUGAAAAAAAGCCCUGACAUAAUUUCUGUAACAUCAAACUUUUUUCUCCAAAUAAAUGUUUUCUGUGAAAAAUAUUAGGUUUUUUUUUUCUUUGAAAAGAAUUUUCUUUCUUGAAAAAUAUGACCUUGUUCUUGAAAAUUUAUGGAGUGUUGUUUAGUCUCGAAAAUAAGUCAUAUUAUACUUUAAAAAAUUAUCACUUUCUUCUCAUUGUAUAAUUAUGUCAUUUUCUUUUCAGUGUGGCCCUAAUUCGUACUCCUCCGUCAAUUGCACACACACACACACACACACACACGCACACAAUAAUGACACACAAUUGGCUGCCUAUUUGAUUUGUUUACACACUACAUAUUGACAUGUUUACAAAGAGCACCGCUAUAAUAAUUCAAUGAUCUCCAUGCUGAGAGCUUCCUAAUGAAAGGGACUCAUAUUCCAAAACAGCAGCAGCAGCAGCAAAAAAAAAAAAAAAAAAAAAAAAGUUUACUGGAAACACUGCAUUCCAACAUUGAAAUUGUUUUCAAUUGUGAGCUUUUGUUUUGCAUUUUGAAUCUGUCUUUCCGGCACAUUAGGCUUCCCUGUUCCCAGGCUAUGCAAUUGUGGACUGAGUGUCUGCUUUGUGAGUCCUCAUGUCCAAUGGUGGACGCAGCAGAAGAGCUCCCCCCCCCCCUCCCCAUAAUAAUCUUGAUUAUUAUUAUUAUUUUACUGUCUGUACACAAUUCAGUCUAUCCCGACACCACGUGGAGAUCUUUAAUGUCAAGUAAAUGUUUCUAUCAAAUAUUAAAAACUCAUGAUACAA